AUGCUAUUCGGUCAUUAUCCAAGAUGGCGCAGAUUACUUCAAGGAUGUUUCUUGGAGGUCGUAUUACGGCUAUCGGAAGGCAAGCAGUUCGUCCAUUUUCAUUGAGCAGUGCUGAAAAUGCCUACAGAUAUGUCACAAAAGAACACCAUGAUACACCUUUGGAUAUGAACACAUCGACAGAUCGUAAUGCAACAACGCUGUUUUUCAGUGAACUCUUACGUGGUCUUGCAAUGACAUUAAGUAAAAUGUUUCAAGAACCAGCAACCAUUAAUUACCCAUUUGAAAAGGGUCCACUGAGCCCAAGGUUCAGGGGGGAGCAUGCUCUAAGAAGAUAUCCUUCAGGAGAGGAAAGGUGUAUUGCAUGUAAACUCUGUGAGGCUAUUUGUCCUGCCCAGGCAAUAACCAUUGAAGCAGAGGAGCGUGCUGAUGGUAGUCGUCGUACAACACGCUAUGAUAUUGAUAUGACAAAGUGUAUUUACUGUGGAUUUUGCCAAGAAGCAUGUCCUGUUGAUGCCAUUGUGGAGGGUCCAAACUUUGAGUUUUCCACUGAGACUCACCAGGAGCUUUUAUACAACAAAGAAAAACUAUUGAAUAAUGGAGAUAGAUGGGAAACAGAAAUUGCUGCGAACCUUCAAGCUGACUUCCUAUACAGAUAGACUCUUUUUUAACACUAACAUUAUAUGAGUUUGGCUGAGAAAUUAUUUUAUUUGCUUGUAAUAAGAGUGAUAUUGAUAUACUCUAAUACUCUAAUAUUUGUAUAAAGGUAUUUGUCAGUCAAAAAGAUGACUUGAUUACAGUUCAGCUGACAUGUACAGCUUUGCAGAUGAAUAGAAAAAUCUGUCAACAAACGAUCUUUGUGAAUAAAGUGCUCUAAUAAUUCAGAUGUAAAAA